ACGUGGUAGUCAAUCUUCUGAUUAAGGGAAGAAGUUUCAAGGUCGUGAUGUGAGCUUUUGCUUAAUUGGGUUCUCGUGGGGGAGUUUUCUCGACUGGGUUUCAGUCUUUUUGGUGUUUAUUAUUCUUUAAUCUUUAAAAGGGUUUUUGGUUUUCUUCCUUUGGUUCUCUUCUCUGCAUCGAUCAGUGGAGCUGAAUUUUCAACUGGGUAUUGGAUAGUUUGAUGUUGUAACUGGUUUUUCGUUCUGAGAUCGUGUCAGCUCAUGCUCUCUUUUGAUCGGCAUAGAUCGGGAAACCUUCAAAUUAGCUGUUAUAUAUCUUCUCAUUGAAACCAUUCUAUUUUGUGUUCACAGUUUCUUGUUCUUCGCUUCCUGAGAUGGAUGAUGAAAAUAAUCAUAAGAGCUGGAAUCGGAUUCGGAACCAACGCGUAUUGCUCCAAGAGCAAGAAGAAUCAUCAGGGCCAGGCUCAUCAUCAAUGGAGAAAUCGGGUUUUGAGGAUUCUGAAGAACUAACCAAGAAAUCCGGCCUACGGAUCAAGCUAAAAGUUGGAACCAGCAACCAAUACAGCGGAGAGGAAAGCGACCACGAUCAGAGCUCAGUAAAGGAAAAGCGAGUUUGUAAGGUCUGCAACAAAUCUUUCAGCUCGGGACGAGCUUUGGGAGGUCAUAUGAGAGUUCAUGCUCAGGAGCAGGACGGUGGUUUUGGUGUUGGUCCUGUCACAAAGAACCUCCACAACUCCAAGCAGCUCAAGGAUCAUCAGCUCCUCCAUCGAUCAAACGUCAACUCUAACAGUACAACCUGUUUGCUUUGUGGGAAGAGCUUCCCCUCCAUGAAAUCCUUGUUUGGUCACAUGAGAUGCCACCCUGACAGAGAAUGGAGAGGAAUUCGUCCUCCCCCAUCAGCGACAAUCAAGAACAGCUCGUCGUCGACGGUGUCCGAUGCCGUGGCUCCUCCAAAGGUGGACGAUCAGAUAGAUUCUGCUGCUACUACUACCAUCACAACUACUGAAACCGAAUAUUUAACUCUUGAUCUUGCACAGUCUCUUCGGAGCUGGUCCCUGACUGCAAAGAGAGGCCGGAAAAGUCUGGUUCAGACUAGAAGCAUCGAUCCUCCCCUAUCCGAUGCUGCUUAUGAUCUCUUAGCCCUAUCCAACAAGCAAAGCGGCCAUGGAAUAAUCGAGGCUCUAGAUAGAGAUUCUUCGUCAAAGAAGAAGGUCAAGACAGAAGAUGGGAACCGUGUUACUAAAAAUUUGAGUUUAAAGACCUUAAAGCAGCAAAUUAAAGAAGAACCGCAGCUGGAAGAGAGAGAUUUGUUAUCUAAGAAGCUGAAACUUAAUGAAAGAGGACUACCCAUGCGCAGAAAGGACGAGCCCGAGAAUGGUGUUGGUCCUGACUCGUUGAGCGUGAACUCCAGUUGGGAAUAUAGAGAUGGGUUUGGGGAAGAAUCAAACGACAACUGUGAGGAUGAAGAGGAGGAGGAGGAGAAACACCAGUUCACUCACAUAUCAGGAGCCCACAGGCAUAAGCAUAAGAAGAAGAAGAUGAAGACAAUAAAGCUUAAGGACUUGGAAACUGUUCAGAGUGUCAGUCCGAUGCCAGUGGUAUAUUGUGGCAGCAGGUACAAGUGCACCACCUGCAAUAAAUCCUUCUCUACUCACCAAGCUCUGGGUGGCCACAGAUCAAGCCACAACAAAGGCAACAAGUUUCUGCUCGUUGCAGACACCGAAGACUACUCUGAAUUUGCAGCAGAUGCCUCGGCGGCCGAGGAAGAGCAGCAAUUACUUGGGGCUGCCUUGAGUCAGACUCAAGUCGACAGCUCACCACCACCAACACCACCUGAGAUGACUGAGGUGGAGGAGUCAAGGUCGACGGUGAUAACCAUGCAUCAGUGUAAGAUAUGCAACAAGAAGUUUGCAACAGGUCAGGCUCUUGGAGGGCAUAAAAGGUGCCACUGGAUAAGCCCAGCCGUUGCAGCUCCUUGCAGCAGCAGCUCGGUGGCAUCACCGGAACAAGACAAUAAGAAGAUGGGUCGUAAGAUGUUCGACUUUGACCUCAAUGAGCUGCCAGUGGUUGAGGAUGAAGAGAUUCCCGAGUCGGUCUAUGAUGGAAAUUUUCUAAAUGAUCACUCGUGUGAUUGGGGAAAGAGAUGAACUUAAUUUGUCACAUACUUGCUUUCUAUUUAGAUAUAUAAAUAGUCUAUUCUAAAAUA